AUGAUGAAAAACAUGACCACUGAAUCGCUUCUCAUUCUUCUUCUUCUACUUGUUUCUUCAUGUCUUUCUACUUGUUACCCUCUAUCAACCCAGAACAAAUGGAUCAUCGACGACUCCACAGGACACAGAGCCAAGUUUGCAUGUGUGAACUGGGCAGGCCAUCUUGAACCAAUGAUACCAGAGGGUCUUCAUAAGCAGCCAUUGAAGCAUAUCGUGGCUCACAUUGCUCGCCACAAGUUCAAUUGUGUUCGUUUCACAUACGCUAUUUACAUGUGGACGCGCCAUGCCAACGAUACUGUCGCAGACACUCUUGUAAAUUUGGACUUACCAGACGCCAUCCAAGGCAUGCAGAAGAAUAACCCCUCCUUCUUAAACAUGACUCAUGUGCAGGUGUUUGAAGCUGUUGUCCGUGAGCUUGGGGCUCAGAAGGUUAGGGUUUUGCUGGAUAACCAUGUCAGCAAGCCCCAGUGGUGCUGCAAUGAUGAUGAUGAGAACGGCUACUUUCAUGAUCGCUACUUCGAUCCUCAGGAGUGGCUACAAGGGCUUACCCUAGCUGCCCAGCAUUUUGCUGGAAAUUCUGCUGUGGUGGCAAUGAGCUUGAGGAAUGAGCUGCAUGGUGCACGUCAAAACCAGGGCGACUGGUACAAGUACAUGAGCCACGCAGGCAGAGCCGUACACAACGCGAACCCACAAGUCCUGGUCGUGAUCUCAGGUUUGAACUACGACACGGAGCUUCAAUUUCUGCGGAAAAAACCCUUGAAACUAGACAUAGGUAAAAAGUUGGUGUUCGAGACGCAUCUGUACUCGUGGUCUGGGAUAGGAACCCUAAAACUGAGGGGCAUAUGGUCGAUGCAACCCUUGAACAGAAUCUGCGCCCAAAGCAUAAAGGGCAUAGAUUACCGAGCUGGUUUUGUGACCACCGGCGAUAAUGCUGUUCCUUUGAUAUUUACUGAGUUUGGGUUUGAUCAAACUGGGGGUUCUGAGGAAGACCUCAAGUUCUUGACUUGCAUUCAGACAUACCUUGCUGGAAGAGACAUGGACUGGGGCUUGUGGACUCUGCAAGGAAGUUAUUACAUGAGAGAGGAGCUAGUUGACUUUGAAGAUACGUUUGGAGUGUUGGAUUCAUCAUGGAAUCAACUUCAGAAUCCUAACAUAACUCAAAUGCUUCAACUUCUCCAAAGGACGAAUCAAGAUCCUUCUUCCAAACUCCGCCAACAUUCUAUAUUGUACCACCCUUUAAGUGGGCAAUGUGUGAAUGUGAACGACAAGGACGAGUUAGGAUUAGGAAGCUGUGAAAACAGAAACAGAUGGCACCAUGCCAAAAAUGGAAACCAAAUCCUCUUGGUUGGCACUGACAAGUGCCUAAGUGCAGAUGGCGAAGGCCUUCCUGUACUUGUCUCUGACCAAAACUGCAAAAGCCACAAAAGUGUUUGGAAAUCUCUCUCUCUCUCGAAGCUUCAUUUGGGUAUUCAACACGAGAACCAUCACCACCUGUGCUUGCAGAAAGAUCCAAACACAUCGGCCCUUGUCUCUGCCAAAUGUGUCUGCAUCGAUGACGACGAUUCUCUGUGUUUGGAAGAUCCUCGCGGUCAAUGGUUCCAGUUCGUUCCCACCAAUGUCUAG